AUGACUACUCAAGCGACACCAACUACCACUACCGACAAUGUGGAUCCAAGUCUGAAGACUCCUAGAGGAGGCCCAGGGAAAGGCGCAAAAGCGAAACGGAACCAAGACUACAGAAGAAAGAAAAAUCAAGAAACCUACGCUGCUAUCCUGGCUGGCAUUUUCCAGAGACUGAAGAUUAAAGAUCUAACAUCUGUCCCCCAAGUCCAACUGCCAAGCGACAACCACUCCGUGACAGUUCCAGUUACCUUCAAGUAUGUCCCGCAUAUCGUGGACCGUGUCUGGGACACCAUGGAGGCUGUGGGCACCCGCCCCUUUGCUCAGUGGAACACACCGCAAAACAAGCAAAUCUUCCAGAAAGGAAUGCUCAUUUUGUGUGAAGCCAAACUAUGCUAUGCUCAGAGAGCACAUAUCGAUAAGCCUGAUGAGGACCUACCAUCCAAGAAAUUGUACAACACUGAAGAGCUUAACGAUUUGAACAACAUGGCUGAGGGAGCUACCAUUACCGCUCGCCAUACUCACUGA